CUCGCCUCGAAGGCAACUGCCGACUACGGCGCUCUCCACUUGGCCACCCGCACGCUUCAUCUGAUAAAGGAAGAGUGGUUUCAGUUUGACCUGCGGUGGGUCAUCUUUGCCGCCUGUUGAGCUCAACGUCGAACCAGAGGACCCAAACAUGGACUGGGAGGACGGACCGUUUGUUUUCCGAAUAAACGACAAUGGAAUUGGCCCUAAUCUUCUGCUCCAGGUAUGCCUCGAGCGUGGUUGGCGUGAGCACAGCGAGUGCGGCGUCAUAAAGGACAACUGGAACCUUUGGUGGCGGACGACCGGCUUCCCAAUGUCACACUAUAAGCAGCUCAAACCUUGGCAAUACACAAAUCAUAUUCCGAAAGGCUCGUCCAUCUGCCGAAAGGAUCAUCUGGCACGCUACUUGCGGUGCAUGAAAAAGGUGUAUGGCUCUAUCUUUGAUUUCAGUCCGCCAUGCUACCAGCUUCCACUUGAGUACACAAAAUUGCUGGCCGAGUGCAGCGGCAGCAAUAGAAGCAACGGCAGAGUCCGCUCGGGCUCUUUCCACUGCCUCGAACCACCAGAGGAAGACGUGGUUUGGAUUUGCAAACCUGUCGGCCAGAGCCAGGGACGCGGAAUUUUUCUUUUCAGGGAGUUCAGCGAUUUGAAUUACGCGUCGAGCGCCGUAGUGCAGAAAUACGUGACCAACCCGCUGUUGAUCGGCGGCUACAAAUUCGACCUGCGUCUUUACGCGUGCAUCCCGAGCUUCCGCCCGCUCUGCGUUUAUCUUUAUCGUGAGGGCCUGGUUCGAUUUGCGACGGAUAAAUUUUCAUUAGGCGAUUUGAACAAUCUCUUCAGACACUUGACCAACAGCUCGCUUAACAGACUCGGACCUGGGUACACCAGACAAAAGGAAAGAGUUGGAGCAGGUUGUAAAUGGAGCCUGAAGCAAUUGCGGCACUACCUCAAUCAGAACGGCGAAAACGACUGGCUUCUUUGGCAGAGAAUCGCUUCGAUCGUCGCUCUCACUGUUCUCGCUCAAAACGCAUCUUCGCCGCCGCCGCCCUCACCAAACUGCUUCGAAUUUUACGGAUUUGAUAUUCUCGUAGAUACUUCCUUGCGCCCUUGGUUACUAGAAGUCAAUUUGAGCCCCGCCCUUGGCGCUGAUAGUGACGUUGACGCCGCUGUUAAAAAACCAAUGCUGCACGACAUGUUCGACCUUCUGGGAAUGCCAGUGUCCCACACAGGCCUCUCCAUGUUCACCUCCUGGCAGCCUCCUCAAGAAGAUUCUACUUCCGAUUCGGAGGACUACACAAUUAAUUCUAAUUUGGGAAAUAGAUGGAUGCAAAGAAAAACCCGUAGCAGAACAAAAGGACAACCGCAGAGAUUUAACUCAGCUCGACCGCGACUGCAGAGGGCAAGGUCACUUUCCAUCCUGACUGGUGAGGACGAAACGGAGGGGCUUCCGUCGUCACGAUGGUCUAGGGAGGACGCAGGGCCUGUGAAAGUAGUACCAUCGUCUAGGUGGUCUAGACAGCCGCAGCCAAUGCCCCCUUCGUUUCAGAAUUCGACUGUCUGGGGAAAUGGCAGAGAUUGGAGGGAUGCGCCGGCUAAGGACGGCGAUUGGGUUCGAGUGUUUCCGAUAGGCUUCUCAUCAAAUGUUAAGAAAAAAGUUUCUUAUGUGGACCACGCCGCAGAAAUCAAGGCUGCGGUUGCCGACGUCCACCGUUUUACCAAAGCGGCUAAAGAGGCGGCCAAGCUUGUGGAAUUGGAAGCCGAGACAGGCAAAAACAGGGCUUGCUUCAAUGACAGAGUCUUCAAUGAAGCUUUCAGAGGCAUCAUGGGACCAGAAUACACUGGCGAAAUUUGGUUGCCACCAAAAUAAUGCACUAAUUAUUAUAACAGUAUCUAAUAUCUAAGUUUAAAUUAAUUUAAAUACCUGUGAUUUAAUAAACUAGAUCUCGCAUUACAACCGUCGGAAAAAGUCACAGCCGUUUUGACUGUUAUUGUUGAAUCGCUGUGAUUGUAAAGCGUAAUUUAAUAUGUAAGUGUGCUGAGUUGACGACAGUAGUGCAAAUAAAAUACAAGU